GGUUCAAACAACAAGAAGCAGAAACUCAAAAUAAAAAUAAUGUGUUGUUGUGAAAAGCAAUAAAUAUUAAAUAAAAGCCCCAAAAGAUAGACUGAUAGAGUGAGGCCUUGGACAAUCUCUGUGCUGCAAUUUCUCUCUCUGGUUUCAUUUUCUCUCUCAUUUUCUCAGGAUUUUGAUGACAGUGAUUCUCACAGAAAGAAGUAGCCAUAUGAGAAUCCUUCACUCACCCCUCCUCUAGUUUCCCCUUUCUUCUAAAUCUCUUUACAGUUUUGUCAGAUCUACACCCCCAUUCCUCUGUUUCCUCUGUUCUGAAUCUAAGAAAUGAGUAAAGAAGAGUUCUUAAAGAUCCAGAAAUUUGUUCUUAAAGUGAAUAUCCACUGUGAUGGGUGUAAGCAGAAAGUGAAGAAAAUCUUGCAGAAAAUUGAUGGGGUUUUCACUACGGAAAUAGAUGCAGAGCUAGGGAAGGUGACAGUUUCAGGAAAUGUAGACGCAGCCACUCUGAUCAAGAAGCUCUCGAAAUCAGGAAAAUACGCAGAGAUUUGGGGAGCUCCGAAGCCGAACUCCAUUAAUAACAAUGGCGGCCAACAGAACCAUCUCUCCAAUCAGAUGAAAAAUUUGCUGAUUGACAAUGGAAAAGGUGGGGGAAAUAAACAGGGCCCAAAAGGGGCAAAUAAUCAGCCGAAAGGAG